ACCCUCCUCGCCAUGUCUAACUCAUCGACCGCAGCGAGUAUUGAGGACCAGCUGAAGGACCAAUGGAACGAUGUCCUGGGGCGCAUCUCCAGCAAACAGUUCUUCCAGUCGGACUGGGAUAUCGCCGCCUUUGUCAUUUUCUUCGCCUUCAUUGGGCUGAUUCUGCUGCUCUGUGUGCUGGUUCUCAUCCGAUGCUGCUGCUGCUGUUGCUGUGACUGUGACUCCCAAGUGGACAAGAGAAAAUACACACAGAAGGUUGGUGUGGAUAACCUUGCCAUGGAGCCAUAGCCCUGCCACCAAGGUUUGACAGACAGAGUCUGGAGCCGAUGAAACAGAGCCUUGGAGUUCCUGGAGUCUCCGCUGACUUUAUGAUGCUGCUGUUGUUUAUAUGAAGGAUAUCAUUUUAGAUUUAG